AACGAAUACAUUGGGAAUAAGGAGGCCGCUAUUGAAAAUCAAGGCGAAUCAUUGUUUGAUUCGAAGAAAACUGGUGGGGAAAAGCGAAAGAGACAAGCCAAUUUCGAUCCCUCCGACGUUGAAGGAUAUACGGGUCCUUGGGCUAAAUAUUGUGAUGAGAAAACGAUAGCCAAACCAGACCCUGAACUACAAAAAGAAAUGGACGAAAUCGUAAGAAAGCGACAAGCCAACAGCCGUCGGUUUAAACGAAAGCAACAACAACAACAGGGUGAUAACGCUGAGGAGUCCUCUGUAUUGCAUUUGAAAGAAGCCCAAGAUUAUCAAGGACGUUCGUUCCUUGUGCCCCCUGCAUUUACUGGUGUUAACUUGCGAGCAGAUGCCACCCCAGAAAAAUGCUUUAUUCCUAAAAAGCAAAUUCAUGUCUACAAAGGACACACCAAAGGAGUCAACUGUAUUCAGUGGUUCCCAAAAAGUGCUCAUCUCUUCCUGUCCUGCUCCAUGGAUACUAAGAUCAAACUCUGGGAAGUUUAUGGAAAACACCAAGUUGUUCGCACUUAUUCUGGCCACAAACUUCCUGUGCGAGAGGUUGCAUUCAACAAUGAAGGGACAGAGUUCUUGUCCGCGAGUUUCGAUAGAUAUAUCAAGUUAUGGGACACGGAAACAGGCCAGGUUAAGCAGCGCUUCCACACGGGUCAUAUUCCGUUUUGCGUUAAAUUCCAUCCAGAUGAUGACAAAAAUCAUAUGUUCCUUUCUGGGAUGCAGAACAAGAAAAUUGUCCAGUGGGAUACACGAACGGGAGAGAUUGUACAGGAAUACGAUCGCCAUCUAGGCGCUGUGAAUUCCAUUACGUUUUUCGAUAAAAAUCGACGAUUUGCUUCUACGUCUGACGAUAAAUCGAUAAGAAUAUGGGAAUGGGAAAUUCCCGUCGACACUAAACUCAUUCAGAAUGUAGGCUUGCACUCUAUACCCACAAUGAAUAAGAGCCCUAAUGAAAAAUGGGUGGUUGGUCAAUCAAUGGACAAUCGAAUUGUGUUGUUCCAACUUAUUGACGAUAAACUGCGAUUUGCGAAGAAAAAAGCCUUCAGAGGACACAACUCGGCAGGCUAUGCCUGUGUUACUGAUUUCAGCCCUGAUAUGAGCUACCUAAUUAGCGGAGAUGCUGAUGGUAAGCUUUUCAUUUGGGACUGGCGGACACAUAAGAUUGUGGCCAGAUGGAAAGCUCAUGACAGCACUUGCAUUUCGGCCCGAUGGCAUCCGAAGGAGAAGAGUAAAAUUCUGACAGCAGGAUGGGAUACAGUGAUUAAAAUGUGGGCAUGA